AUGGCGCCUCCUCCUCCAGCGCUGGCAGAGGAGACUGCUGCCUUCCACCCAAGCCUGUGGGGCGAUUUCUUCCUGACUUACCAGCCGCCAACUGCGCCUCAGCAAGCAUGCAUGAAAGAACGAGCUGAGGUUUUAAGAGAAGAUGUCAGGAAGAUUUUGAUGGGGCCAUGUGAGUUACCAGAGACACUGGGUCUUAUAUUGACGUUGCAACGUCUUGCACUGGAUUACUACUACGAAAACGAGAUCGACAAGUUACUCCACUGUAUUUACGACGACGACGACUCUGAUUACGAUGAUAAAGAUCUAAACCUAGUUUCCCUGCGCUUUUAUCUUCUUCGAAAGAAUGGUUACGAUGUGUCAUCAGAUGUAUUUCUAGUCUUCAAAACAGAAGAAGGGAGCUUCGCUUAUGCUGAUGACACGGCAAGCUUGUUAAGCUUGUACAAUGCAGCGUACUUGAGGAAGCAUGGAGAGGAGGUACUGGACGAGGCAAUUUCCUUCGCUAGACGACGUUGCCUUGAAGCAGGUAUCCUUCGCACCCCUCUUUUCAGAAGGGUUGGGAUACUAGAGGCGAGAAAUUACAUACCCAUCUACGAGAAGGAGGCGGCAAGAAAUGACGCCGUGUUGGAGCUUGCCAAACUGAACUUUAACCUUCAGCAAAUUGCCUUCUGUGAAGAGCUAAAGCAUUGCACAUUGUGGUGGAAGGAUUUCCUUGCCAAAUCAAAGAUGGCUUUUGUUAGGGAUAGAAUAGUGGAGGUGUAUUUCUGGAUGAACGGGGCAUGCUAUGAUCCCCCGUACUCUCGUUCCCGAAUCAUACUAACGAAGAUCACAUCUCUCGUAACAAUAAUCGAUGACAUGUUCGACACAUAUGGUACCACUGAAGACUGCACCAAGUUCCAUGAAGCAAUUGGCAGAUGGGAUGAAAGCGCCCUACCUCUUCUUCCACAGUAUAUGAAGGGUUUCUACUUAUUUCAGUUGGAGACAUUUCGUUCAUUUGAAGAUGAGUUGGGGCCCGAGAACAGCUAUCGUGUCCAUUACCUAAAAAAAUCGAUGGAGCGUCUAGUUCAGCAAUACUACAGGGAAAUAAAGUGGCGUGACGAAAACUAUGUGCCGAAAACAAUGACCGAACACCUUCAAGUGUCAAUGGAAAGCAUAGGAUCCGUUGCUCUAGCAUGUGCUGCAUAUGUUGGAAUGGGUGACGUCAUAACAAAGGAGACCCUUGACUGGGUUUUGAGCUAUCCUCAGUUUCUGACGACUUACGGUAUCGUACGACUGUCUAACGAUGUUGUAUCAACAAAGCGUGAGCAAACAAAAGACCAUAGUCCCUCCACUGUCCAUUGUUACAUGAAGGAGCAUGGAACGACCAUGGACGAUGCAUGUGAAAAGAUAAAGGAGCUUAUCGAAGAUUCAUGGAAGGAUAUGCUACAGCAAUCCCUUGCGCUGAAAGGGCUCCCAAAGGCUGUGCCACGAACAGUGUUUGACUUUUUAAGAACCGCAGAUAAUAUGUACAAGAAUUGCGAUGCGUUCACUUCUUCAGAAGUACUCCGAGAAAUGAUACGACUACUGUUCGUGGAGCCAAUACCUGAAUAA